UGUUUCAUAUACUUGAUUCUAUGUAUUGGUAACAAUACAUCAUAUCAUAGAAUAUGUAACAACAUAAAUGAUAAAACUGCUGACAACAAAUGACAAAACUCUUAACUCUAAAUUCUUGUCUCCAACGAAGAAUGAUAAACCUUGAACGAAAAGUAGAUUUCGUUUUAUGAUACGGCCCACGGGCCCACGGCUGUAAAGUAUACUUCAAGUUUUGUAGUAGUAGUAUUAGUUUUGAUUUAUUCAAAUGUGAAAUUAAAGUUUAUUAUGACUAAUUAAAAUCAUUGCUCAUUAGUCAUUAAUGAUUAAUAUUUCUCUUUCUCUACAGUUGUGUUUUAAUCCGAUAUUGUUCUGUUUACUAUAUUUAUGAUCAAUGGAGUUGAAUGAUUUCUGCAGUACUCAUAAAAGUAGUUCUAAUGAAGAAGAAGCAUUACUAAAGCGUUUAAUUGCUCUAAAAAAGCAGCUAGAUGAUGAUGAUGAUAAUGACGAUAAACCAAAAUUACAGCGGAGUCUUAAUAAUAUUAAAGAAAAUAUUGUUUCUAAUAAGAAUAUUAAAUCAACAUCAAAAUUUAAGUAUUGCAAGGAUAAUAAUCAUACAACUAAUAAAUUCCUUUCUACCAAAAUAGAUAAUCGCAAUUUUACUAACCAACAAAGUAAAAUUAAACAAAAUAGUUUAUUUGUUAAGACUAAUAAUUCUAAAGUGUAUACCAAACAAAAUGUGUUAAAUUGUACACCUGUCAAAACUGUUAUAAGCAAAAAUUAUCCUGAAGUAUCAAAUAAUAGUCAAAAUAUCAUAAAGUAUAACUCAGAAAUUAAUGAAAUUGUAAAAAACAGUUUUGUUAAUAAUUGUAAACUACCAUCAAAUGAUAGUUGUUAUGAAACUUCUGAUGUUUCACAAAUAUUACGUAAUGUAGAUAAAUAUAUGAUUGAUGUUCAAGAUUACUUAACUUCAUCAAAAUAUGUUGUUGAUAAAGAAGGGAGCUCUUUGUCAACUAAGAAAACUAAUCUAUCAAAAAAUGUUCAUGUCAAUAGAAAAUUUCAAAACCAGUUAAUUUCUAAUAAUUUGUUAAAUUCAAAUUUAAAAAGUGUACCGAAUUCUUUAGUAUCUAUUAAUAAGUCAACAAGUAUAAAUAAGAAAAAAAUGAUAAAGAAAUUGUCUGGAAAAAUAAUUGGAUCACCUAAUCUUGUAAAGAUAGGUAACACAAAAUUAAUACGCCAAUCAUUAUUUAGAAAUAAAUGGAAAAUCAACAAUAAACUUAAUUGUAUUGAAAAUAAUACAAUUCAACGUAAACCACUUUCAACUUUACAAUGUCCUACAUCAAAUACACUAAUAUCACCUUACAAAAAAACAGAAUGGACUAAUGUUACUAACUCAAUACCUGUACUUGAAUCUAAAUUAUCCAACUCUAGUAAUACCAAUAAAUUAAAAUGGACGAGACCUAGUAUAUUAUUGGUUAAUAAUGUAAACAAUAAUACCCAGCCUUCAGUACCAAAAGCUGAUAAAUUAAUUUUAUUUGGCAAGAAUAAAAUAAUUAGACAAUCAUUGAUAAAUCCAAUUCAGUCAAAAACCAAGUCAUUUAUGCUCAAACAUCUUUCACAUAGACUUGCACUAAUGAGAAAAUUACAGCAAAAACAAAUUGUUGCUAGAAUAAAAACUGUUACAAACAGAGAUCAAGUUAAAAAUAUGUUAAUGAAAAGUACUGUAAUUAAGCCAACUGAGAUUAAACGAAAUGGAAAGAGGUCAUAUUCUACGUAUUCAUAUGUAAAUCCAAAAUUGAGAUCAAAAAAAAAUAAUGUUAAGUUGGAAAAAACAGGAUCUUCGGAUAAUAAAAUACGUUUGCUAAAUAUUUCUAAUAAUAAACCUCAACAAAAUUUGAAAAUUAUAAAUAAUGAAAAAAAUAAAAUUCAAAAUUUAAGUUUAACAAAUAAUAAAACCCUCCAACGGCUCAAAAGUAAAAAAACCCUCACCAAACAGCUUUGUCUAAUAUUUAAUCGCUUUGGCGUUUGUUCAAAAUUAGACCAAGGAGAAUGUGAUAAGCGGCAUUACAAAAAAUACAUCACAUUAUGCACAAAGUUUCUAACAGGAGAAUGUUUUAAAGAGAAUUGUACGUUAUCGCAUAAUAUUGUUGAGGAAAAAAUUCCAUUUUGUAAGCAUUAUUUAAAUAGUGUUUGUGUUCAAUUAAAUUGUCCGUACUUACACGAAUAUAGAAGUAAAAACACCCCUAUUUGUAAAAAAUUUCUUGAUGGUUCAUGUAAUUGGGGAAAAAAAUGCCCUAAAAAACACUUGAAUCUAUGUCCAAUUUUUGAAACAAACAAUGAGUGUCCGCAUGGUCAAAAAUGCUUAUAUCCUCACAUUCAAUGUGAAGAGAAAAAUACUGUUGUUGAAAUCAAUGAACCUAGAUACUUUGAGAUAUCAAUACCUAAUAGUAAUGAAUCAAAUGAAAACGAGUCUAUUCAUAUUGUUCCCAAACGCCGAGCACCUUUAUUGGACUUACCAUCUUAUAUACCAUUGAAAAAACAGUAAGUUAUUGUAUUAUGAAUAUGAUCAAUGAUUGAUCAUAUUCACUGUAAUAUGCAUUUAUAAAUAAAUAAUGGAAUGUCUAUAGGAUAAUAGUAAUGUUGGUAUAUUUUACUAUCUUACUUAUUAAAACUAUUUAAUUUGUUAGCUAAAGAUGAUUUAGUAAAUUAGAUACUUAAUACAAUUUAUAAAAUUUAAUAUACAUAUAUCAGGGAUGGCAAAUCUAUUACAUGUGUGCUUGAAAUGGCACGCAAAAAAUGGAAAUAUUUUAAUUACAUAAUUAUACAUAUAUAUUGGCGCAGAUGUUACUUACUCUCAGUUAUGUUGCCACAACGCUGUGCUGAGCCUUAUUUAUAUAUUAUUUUUAUUAGAUAUAAAUUUGUAUACCCUUUUUUAUAUUAAUACAAUAAUUUAUUGCGAGCCACAAGUUGGACACUCCCUGUAUAUAAUAUAUAAAUAAAAUUCAUGACCCCUUCAAAAACAGAAAAGGUAAUUUUUAGCACAUAGCAUUCAAAUAAUUUGCCACCCCUGACAUAGAUCAAUAUUGAUGGAAAAUAUAAUAUUAUACUUGUACUUUGAUGCAUAAUAAUUGUACUUGUUUAUUAAUAAUUUUACUAAUAUAUAAUAUAUAGGAAAUAAAUUUUUAAGUUAAGUUUCUGAAAAUAAUAAAUAUACAAUAACAUAAUUAAUAUAUUUAUUAUUUUUUAUUAUAUUCAUAAUUUUUGCAUAAAUUUAAUAUUACCUAUUCAUAAAAUUUUAAUUUUAAAAGUGAAUGAUAUUGCUUUCUGUAAUAAUAUUUAUUUUAGAUGUCAAUACUAAAUACUAAAUAUAUAGUUCAAAGUUUAUUCAUUCAAUUUUUAAAUUAUUUAAUCAUCACAUCAUAAUGUUUAUGUUUCUAUGAAAUCUCAUAAUAGUUAUGUUUAACCUGAAUUUUAGACAGUCAUUAGGCACAAUCAUUCAUGUUUUAAACAUCAUAUUUUAUUUUAUAAACAAUGUAUUUUUAUGAUUUUAUUAAUGAUCAUAUCUAUUCUUAUAUCAUAAAAUUU